CUGAUUGGGACAGCAGGCAGAUAAAUAUUCAUAUGCCUGCAACAAGAGCAGUUGCAAAGCCCUCAUGCAUAAAUAGAUAUAAUAUGAUUAAUCAAUACGUUUAGCAUCAACAGGAGACAGCUAGACGGAGAAGAAUGAAUAUUAGUGUUAAUAUUGGCAGACACACUGCCUGCUUAGCAAUACAGCCAGCUAGCUGACCAGCAGCUCAAACUUGGUAAUUUAUGAGCAGUGCUGGGUUUGAUAGUUAGCUACACUGGCUAAAGCAAUUUACGUUCAGCUUUCGUUCACGCCAGUCAGCCAAUUGUGAGCUUUUUGUGCAAAAGGGUUACAGAUCUUUACCGCAGGAUCCUUGCAGAGACUUGAAACCCCAGAGACAACCUGAUAACUAUCAUCAGCUCAGCCUGCUGCACCCAAUUUCUUUUACUGUUACUUGGCAGACAGACCCUGUAUAUACAUUUACACAUAUUGUUAUGUGUAGAAUGUGAGCUGUUUUAGAACAUCAAACUCGGAAAUGACAUUGAAGGGACAGAUCAUUCUUUUAAAUGGGGGAAGACAAUUAUCAGUGAAUUUUAGGCCACAUUUUUAGGUCAAGUUUUCUGAAUUCAUGUCUGAUUUAAAAUUGUAGCCCGAUGAACGGAGCAUAUGCCCCCCAUUCCCACGUUGAUCGCAGCGAUCACUUGAUCCUCGAUCCGAUGUUUUUGAUGAUCAGUUGGGUUUAAAUUGAUCACUCUUCUUGUCAGUCAUGAACGGCUCCCUCUUAACUCCACCCACCCCACGGGCUGCAGCAAAUUCAUCUCCUCUUCCACCGUCCCCGUCUCCCUCUCCUUCUCCUCCAUUCCCAUCGCUGUUGCCCCUCUCUACAAGACCCCCACCUCUGCCUCCUCCAACUCCUGCUGGUCAGCCCUUGUCAUCGUUAUCUGACACGCCCACACCAUCUCCAUCUCCUUGCCUUAGCUGGACCGAGUUCUGUGAGCUCCAUGCACGGGUUGCCGCCGGUGACUUUGCCCGUCACUUUCGGGCCUUCUUGCUGGAGAACCCACAUUACUCCCCUGAUUCUGCAGCUGCUUUUUGUCAGCGCUUCACAGACAGAUUUGUUAGACAUUUCGAGAGCGAACUUGAGGGGACUGGCGUCGGUAGGGAGGGAACAGGGAGCUGGGUCGCCCAAUCGGAUGCUACAUCACUGGAGGAGGAUGGCACGUCUCCACCCUUGGUGCCAGCAGAGGCCACCACCCCCGGCCCGCCCUCUCAGAUGCGGGCUGUACCCAAACCCUUGUCGACCCAGCAUGGACAGGAGGGUCGUGGCGGGGAAAGAUUCCAGAAUGCUGCAGCAUUUCAGGACUCAUAUGCUCAUACACAGAUUCUCCUGCCUUCCUCUUCUUCAUCAUGCUCUUCCUCUAUGGGUGUGAAUAAUGGGCAGAUAGUUAAACAGUGUACUUACAAUCCGUCUGGCUACAAAGAUCUGGAGGAAGAGGAUGACAGCUGGGCGGGGCCUGUGACCGAAGUGGAGGUGGAGACAGACGUAGUAGGGAAGGACAAUGAGGCAGAGGGCAAGGUUACCUCAGAAACUCUGACAUGCCCCAAUCCCUCUGGCACAUCAGCAAACUCUGGGUCAAAAGGCAAUGGAACACCCAUGAGGGGUCACUCCAAAAACAAACUCAAAAAGCGCUUCUCUCUGCGCAGUGUGGGCCGCAGUGUCAGGGGGAGUGUGCGAGGUAUCUUACACUGGCGUAGUUCCUCCAGUGACUCACUUCAGAACUGCAGCUCGUGUAACUCCGCCCCUCUUCCUUCCAGUUACAGCUACACUACAGGCCUGCAAGACAGCAAGAGGAACUCUGGCUCCCAGGCAGUUCCCGCUUCUCUCCCUGUCUCUCUCUCCCUCCCCCUCACCCUGCCUCACUCUUCCUCCUCUUCUUUGCCCCCAUCCUCCUCCAGCAGUGCUACCUCCCUCUCUCUCUCUGAGGCCCGUGAUUGGCGGAGGAGCAAUGAAGAUGGGGAGAAGGAGAAGUGGAGUCACCGGUUGGAGAAGUUGCGACUGUCCCGGUCACCACCACCAACUCUGUCCACUGCAACUCCAGCUUCCUCAGCCAUGUCACCCUCUGGGCUGCCCCCCAGCAGUGUUGGUGCACCCAGAAAGAUGGGCAGGCUGGUUCGGGAGGGAGGGGUGACUGUGUUCUCGUCUUUGGAUGAGUUUGCCAGCACUCAUGGUUUCUCGGGCUUUCCCUUUGGACUGCUGCACCACGGUACAGACAACAGCAACUCCGCAUCAGUGCAUCCUCCAGCCACUGGGGGAGCUGUGGGUGGACGAGGUAUGCGCUGGCACAAGUGCCGUCUAGUACUGAAAGAAUGCGAUAAGGAUGGAGGGGAUGGAGGGCUUGAAUAUUUCCUGGAGUUUUACCUCCCACCGAAGUCCUCCAAGCCCAGACUGACUAUCCCAUGCAGCUCUAUUGUUGAUGUGAGGAGCACUACAGCUAUAGAGGUGCCAGACAAAGAAAACACCUUUCUUCUACAGUUGGAAGGUCAGGUGCAGUACGUGAUCGAGACAAGAGAUGCGGUUCAGAUGAGGGCUUGGCUUAGUGACAUCAGAAACGCCAUCUGCCUGAGUGAGCAAGAGGAUGUUGAAGGAGUUUGUGGCAGUGCUCUCACUGACCUCAGUGGCAUGCCAGAAUUCAGUGACCGCCUGUCUCAAGUGUGCUACGGUGGAGUUGGUGGUUCUCCCCAAUUGGAGCCUCUACCUCCUGAGUUACCACCCCGGGCCCCUCUCGAUGAAUCGGACAGUCGAUUACUUGGUGGGGGAGGAACUAGUCUUGGCACACCUUUUGCUGAAACACCUGAUGCAACAGGGUCGUUCCUAUUCUCGGAAGUUUCCGUGUCGGAGACAGUAGAACAUCCUUUGAGUGAGUGUCAGUGGUUCCACGGCACGCUCUCCCGUCUUAAGGCAGCCCAGCUGGUGCUGUCGGGUGGCAUGGCCAGCCACGGAGUCUUCCUUGUUCGGCAGAGCGAGACCCGACGUGGGGAAUAUGUCCUCACCUUUAAUUUCCAGGGCAAGGCAAAGCACUUGCGUCUCUCCCUGAACGAGGAUGGACAGUGUCGAGUGCAGCAUCUGUGGUUCCAGUCGAUUUUUGAUAUGCUGGAGCAUUUCCGUGUGCACCCUAUUCCUCUGGAAUCUGGGGGCGCCUCUGAUGUCACCCUCAUCAGCUUUGUGGGGGCCACGAAUGUCCGGCAGCCAGGCCGGGAAAGGGCAGGCAGCCGCCCCACAGUCUGUGAUGUCAUCACCACGCGCCACCCUGACUCUCCAUCAACCCCCAUCUCUGACUGUGUACUUGACCAUCAGACCCCAUAGUCCUCCUCAGCCACCUCCUCCGCCUCUGCCUCCCGGACGCCCUCCGCCCCCGACUCCACCGCAGGACCGAGGGAAUGACACGGAGGCUGCGGGAGGAGGGGGAGCGAGCAGCGGAGCGGAGGAGUGCGAGGAACGAGAGAGGGAUCCAC